UAUGAAUGUUACUAUGUAAAUAAUAACAUAUAUUUGCUUUUCAUUUAUGAACAAAUGUCAUCAAUGGUGACGAAAGAAUGGUUUUUGUUUAGAUCAUUCAGACAUUCAUGAACGAAACGUGUUUCCAGCGUUUUAACAAACUUAAGUACUCUGAUCUAUCAGAGUAUGGAGGUGGAUAAAAGAAACAUUGCUAUGGGUUCAGAAUUCAUGUCCGGAAUAUUUCAGCGUUUGUUGAUUUUAUUAGUGUAUUAUAGUUUAAGCUUCACUUUGACAUUCGUUAGCUAUGUUGAAAGAACUAGAGCUGUACAACCUAUGAGUAUACAGACACCCAUUGAAAGCAGUAUUACAGAAGAUCCAUUAGCAGCUUUAUUACCACAUUACAUCAAAAAAUCAAAUGUUGAUCCAUAUUUAACAAGAAAUGUAACCACACAAGUUGGACAAACAGUAUAUCUACAUUGUAUUGUAAAUCUGGUUGGGGAUCGAACGGUUUCUUGGAUCAGGCUUAAAGAUUUUCAUCUUUUAACUGUUGGGAAGUAUACAUACACAAGUGAUACAAGGUUUCAGUCUGUAUUUAUGCAUAUCUCAAAUGAUUGGGCCCUGCAAAUUAAAUAUCCACAAGUUUCAGAUGAAGGAUUAUAUGAAUGUCAAGUUAGCUCUUUUCCCUCAAAAAGUGUUUAUUUUCGACUUUGGGUGGUUGUUCCUCAAGCGAGAAUUCUUGAAGGCCCGGACAUGUAUGUUGAAGUUGGAAGCUCUAUCAACUUAACUUGUGUGAUUGUUGACAGCCCUGAGGCACCAGCAUAUGUGUUUUGGUACCAAGAUGACAGAAUGAUCAAUUAUGAUUUCAAAAGGGGAUAUAUUACUGUACAAAAAGGUGGUGGAAAUACUGCAAUAAGUCGAUUGCGUAUUAAAGAUGCUCAAGCUUCUGAUUCUGGGAAUUACACAUGCUCUCCUUCAAAUGCAGAUGCUGUCAGCACAAUAGUAUAUGUUGUAAAAGGGGAGAAACAAGCAGUUGUUCAAAAUAUUGAAGGUUCAACUUCCUUGAGUAGUUUUGGCUUAAAUGUUAAUAACAUCGUACUGUUUAUCAGUAUCCUAUUAGCCUGUUUUUUAAGAAGAUGACCUCUUAAAUAGUGACUGAAGUUUAUUUGCUGGAUAAAAGCUGAAGCAAGGUUAAUAUUUGAAGGAAUUAAUGACAUGAACUAAACUCUCCAGUUUUACUUCCUCCUUAAAAAGUAGGACAUUUAUUGGUAUGUAAUCUAUGGAGGGAGAAAACAACUGCUUUCUGGAAUGUUGAUUCAUACUGUUCAUGGAAAGUUUCAACUUUGUGAAUUCCCAGAUGUUUUUGCAGUGUACACUAAAAACAUUUACUGUUUUUUCCUAUAUUCUUCAUGUUGAGUCAUUUAAUUUCAGAAACUUAAUUUUCUGAAGAUGUGAAUUGUUUUCCACUAAGUGUGCAAUAUUGUUUUAUAAAUGUGCCAUAUUAAGUUUUGAAGUUUUGUGCAAUAUUUUUAAAAAGUUGUGUACUUACACAUAUUUUCUAUUUCACUCGUUUUUUUUUAUUGUUUUAAGCUGUUUACAUGAAAUAAUUCUGAUGCAUGAAUUUAAUUACAUAACAAAUGUAUAUAGUUGAAUCUUUUAACAUUGUUGAUACUGUUUUUAAUCAAAAAAGAGUAUUGUAUUUACAUUUUAAAAAAUAGUCUUACGUCAAAUUUUGUACAAAAAAAAUU